GUUCCUGACCAACACUUGGGCCUCCCUGCUUCGUACCUGUUUGCUCUUCCCUCCUCACCGCAUACAUCAUCCCUUCUCUUUGGUCGUGCUCCGACACGCUGUUGACCAGUCGCACUCGGUCGCUCGUGGGGUGCAACAGCCAGAUCCUCCAUCCUCAGGUCUGCUGGCUUGCGGUGAAGUCAGGCCCGGACGUCCAGUCGCGCUACUUUCCUCCCCCUCCUCCCAACAACAAAGUCACACCGGAACGGUCCUCCUAUUGUAGCCCUGAGGGCAUUACAGAGGGGCAUACAUAGCUAGCGGAACAUCGUCGCAGUCUCGGAGGCCGCGUAGUGUCUCUCAGCGUGCCCGCAUGGCGGCUACAGCGACCGCUUGGAAUCAUCCCGCCUCCGACAGCGGCGUCGAUGGGAGUCGGUAUGUCGGCAAGGGCAUGACUAGCGCUCCCUCGCCAGGGAUCUCACUUCCCGUGACAGAUUGGGAGGAGAGUCACGUCUCAUCUUGGCUCGCUACCCUCAAUCUUACGCUUUUGGCUACCUCGUUCCGUGAGCAAGGUAUCACUGGCGAUGUCUUGGUACAGCUGGAUAAUGAAGCUUUGAAAGACCUUGGCGUCUCAAGUGUGGGACAGAGGUUGGCUUUACUGGGUGGCAUCUACAGACUCAAAGUAGUUUGGGGUCUCGAAAUUGAGGAAGGGGACUAUCAUCCUCAAUCUGAGGAGAUUCGGGCAACGAUUGAGCCUCCUGUUACAGUCCUUCAACUUGCUGCAUCGCUCCGUCAGAGAGAUGACCGCAUCGCCAGGCUUGAACAAGAGCUGCGAAGAGCGACUAUCUUCCUGGCCAGGUUCCAACACGACUUCACCGGAGUCUGUAGAUACCAGGGCCUUAACGCCCCUACUCUGGAUCAUUCCUUCCGUCCCUUUGCGGCGGCAUCGCCGGCUGAUACGGUCAGCUUUGACAGCCUCACUAGCAGCAAGGACACUCUCGCGCCUCAUGAUCUCAGGAAUGUGGGCGGCUCUCCUCGCGCGAAGCUAUCCCCUGCACAUGCUACCAUGCAUUCUCCAGCUACCCCCUCUGCGAAAGGAUCAACGCCCACGAGCCUGAUCUCAGGUACGGAUGGCGCAGGCGGACAUAUAGGCUGGAGUCAAGGCUUACAGCAGCCGAGUUCGGCUAGAUCUCAGGUCUUCGCGGUCAACGAUCAUACCCAGAGCGGGGAUGAAAGGCUGCGGAUGCCGCUCAGUGGGGGCCAUCUAGAUCCAGAAGCACAUUCACACCAUCGCUUUGGCCACGGUCACGGCUCAGAAGGCGCUAUGACUCAUGCUGUAGACGAGGUGUCCCGCUCCGCCACUGAUGGAAGGAAGCAUGUCUCCCCCAUUGGGUCCUCUGCCAUCAAAGGUGUCAUGUCGACUCCCUCGAGUGCCACGUUCCCAUCUUCGACUCGCUCUGAUCGAGCACCUGAUUCCAGUCUAAGUGCAGCAGCUGCUCACAAGCUGACUGGAAAUGCAGUCUAUGGUGGGAUGCUGUCCUCCCCUUCGAUUCCCAAUCUGUCAAGUCAGGCCCUGGGCCAGCGGCCAGGGGGAUUGGCCUCUCCUACAAAUCGGCCUAGAUCGAAUAGCGCGGCUGCCAGCCCUACCACACCAUCCUCUCUUCAAUCAGCAGGAAUCGUCAAGAGCAGCGCCAAGGAUGUAGGCACGCCUUCUUCAGCCUCUUCGGCUGCAGGUCGGGACCUCUUAGGCACAAAGACGACCCUUGGCAACGGAGAGAACCCCUACAAGUCUUUCCGAGUGACAUUGGAAGACCCGUGCUACAAGGUGCUCCCAGCUGCACUCAAGAAGUACAAGAUCAACGACGACUGGAGACUCUAUGCGCUGUUCAUCUGCUACGGCUCGACCGAGCGAUGUCUCUCCUACGACGAGAAGCCUCUAUUGCUCUUUCAGAAGCUGAAGGAAGCACGACAGAGCCCAGUCUUCAUGCUCAGACACAUACGUGACGUGAAGAGCCCCAUUGCUAUUGCUAAUGCGAAAGCCGCUGCUAGACGAGAGUCCGGUCCCGCCUCCUCAACGCCUGGGUCGAGAAGAUUGCCAGACGGGGGUAACGGAAGCGGCAGUGUUGCAAAAAGAGAGGUUCUUUUGCAGAGCGGGCAAGGCGCUGACGCGGGCGAGGCGCUUCAGUCUCUGAGAGGUGAAACGAUCCUCACAGGUCCGGCAGCUCAGUUGGAGAAUCUCGACGGUCACAAGACCUUCGCGAUUGCGAUAUACCCGUACUCCUGCGAGCGCGAAGACGAAUUUGACGUCAGCGUUGGCGAUACUUUCGUAGUCCUCUCCAAAGCGAAGGGAUGGUGGAUCGUGCAGCGUGACUCUAACGCGACUGGACUGGGCGAUAUAGCCGCAGGCUCGAGCCCUCAAGACGGCAGCCGGGACGAUGGCCAGUCCAAGGGGGCUGAAAUCCGCUCGGGAUGGGUACCAGCAGGCUGUCUCAUCGAGACGUCCAGACCACUGGCGGCAGUAGUGGCAACGGAUGGCACAGAGUCAGGCGUCACGACGGCCUCUGAGGCGCAAGACUACCUCGCCGAGAUUGCUUCACGACCCAUGGCAGAAGCGGAGGAUGCUGUCACCCCUACUCCAGCUUCGAUCAAAGGAGCUCAUAGUGGUAAUGCAGAAAGUGCUCGCAGCGGUCCCAUGAGCAGAUUGCAGAGAGAGGGCCCUUCGAUCUCUUCCUCUGGGCGUCUGGGAGGGUGGGACAAGGCAAGCGUUCCGAUACCACCAAGUGUCAUUACAUCGACUUCGACUCCAGGUAUCAUGCUCAUGGAGUACUCUUCAGUCGCAGCAGCCGCCUCCUCUUCGAGCGGACCUGUGUCGGGUUCAAGCAGCGAGACAGCCGUCGUGCCCGAUGCGAAUGGAGCAACGGCGACAGAUGGCGCGCCUCUAGAAUUACAGAAGGACGAUCGACUGCGUGUCUUCAAGCGCUACAAUCACUGGAGCUAUUGUGUGCAAGAGAAUGGCAAGCAUGCAAGAGGCUGGGUGCCCAGCUGGUACAUUGGCAAGAUUUCGCCUCGCUCUGCUGCUUCUACCUCUGGUGCAACUGUUUCAGAAGCUGGAGCUACAGCUGGGAGUGCAAGGGCAUUGUCUCCCGCUCCUCCUGGGCCAGGCGGGCAGUCGCAAAUUGCGAAUGGACCCUACGAGGCUGCACCGUGAGCUCAGGCAAUCGCCGUCCUUCAUAUCUUGCGCUUCGCAGGCCUCAGGGUCAAACUGACAUACUCUGCUCAACUCCUGAGCUGCGUCCUUCAUGUCUUGAUUGUACAUUUUGUCUCGAAGAGAAGAUUCUAACAGUUCCGCCUUUCUUCGACACCAUCCCUGAUGCACCCUCAUCAUUUGCCGAGUGAUCUUGGUGUGCGUACUCGGACCGAGAGACACGUGACACAUCCUUCCAUCUUCUCAAAG